AUGAAUGCCAUAGUGGAAGCUUUUGCCGUAUUCCUGGGCUUCUUGGGCUGGCUGAUGGUCGGAGUUGCCCUUCCAAAUCGAUAUUGGAAAGUCUCAACAGUGGAUGGGAAUGUUAUCACCACAUCAACUAUCUAUGAAAACCUAUGGAUGUCCUGCGCAACUGACUCCACAGGGGUUCACAACUGCCGUGACUUCCCAUCUUUGCUUGCUCUUAAUGGGUACAUUCAGGCCUCCAGAGCGCUGAUGAUUGCUGCCAUUGUGUUUGGGACAUUCGGGCUUGUGGCGACUCUUGCAGGAAUGCAGUGCUCCAAAAUUGGAGGGGAAAACUACAUCCUGAAGGGGAGGAUUGCUGCAAUUGGAGGGGUUUUCUUUUUACUACAGGGACUGUGUACCAUGAUUGCUGUGUCUUGGUAUGCAGCCAACAUCACACAGGAGUUCUUUGAUGAAUUCUAUCCAGGGACAAAGUAUGAGAUUGGAGAGGGCUUGUAUAUCGGCUGGUCUUCAGCUGUACUUGCCAUUUGUGGAGGUUCAUGCCUGCUGUGUGCCUGCAAACUGCAAAGCUCUAAGGACAAAAUACCUUACUCAUACAAGCCACCAACCAGAAGAACUGUGCCGUCCGCUAUGACCAUGUCUCAAUCUGCUGCGAGCCAGUAUGGAAGAAACGCAUACGUCUAA